UGGAGGCCUAUGGAAUUCUCCGGCUUAAAGACGACGGUGGUCGGAUUGUGGUCGGUUCUCUUAGGUAUUUUGGCAAUCACCGCUGGAGUUCGUGGCCAGCAAACUGACGAGGGUAAUUUUAUAAGCAUAGAUUGUGGCAUCCCCGAUGGUUCUAGCUAUACCGAUGAUGGUACCAAAAUAACGUACACCUCAGAUGCCCAAUUUAUAGACGCCGGGGUAAACCAUAACAUUUCGGCAGAUCGCAUGACCACCUCGCUUCCACGGCAACAGUCAAGCCUCCGUAGCUUUCCGAAUGGACCUCGAAACUGCUACACGUUGAAGCCCGUGAAGCAAGGACAAAAGUAUCUAAUAAGAGCAUUUUUCCUGCAUGGGAAAUACGAUGGAAAUGCUGAUGUUUCGAUUCAAUUUGAUCUCCAUCUCGGGGUUAAUCUAUGGAAAACAAUGAACAUCUCUAAUACAUCCUUGGUUGAUUCAACCGAGACCAUGGCUAUUGCCUCGGCUGAUUUCGUUUCAGUUUGUUUGAUCAACAAGGGUCAUGGAACUCCGUUCAUAUCUUCUCUAGAGCUGAGGCCACUGAAGAAUACUCUUUAUCCAGCUGUAAAUUCAACAAGCUCAUUGGUUCUUUCUGCGCGGCGUAACUUCGGAAAAAAAGAUGGGACAAUAUUGAGGUACCCCGACGACCCAAAAGACCGUAUAUGGAUCCCCUUCCGCAACGAUCCCUUUUGGAGCGACAUCUCCACCACCAAUGAAGUCGACCACGAGAAAGAUGAUCCAUUCGAGGUGCCGCGCACCGUCCUCCAGGCCGCCGCUGUUCCUGUGAACUCCAACAAUCUAUCUUUCUACUGGUGGGCGGGGAGCAGCGACGAAACCCGCCUUACCUACCACUACUUCAUGCACUUCGCUGAGAUCCAAGAUGAGCACAGAACCUUCAACAUCAACAUCAACGGGGAUUUCUGGUACGGCCCUGUCACCCCGCUCUACCGCAUGUCACUCACCGUGUACACCACCUCCGCCGGGAAUCUUUAUUGGUAUAACAUCUCGCUUUUGGCGACCGCCUCUUCGACUUUUCCGCCGAGCAUCAAUGCGAUCGAGAUCUAUUCGGUCAUGCUUAUCUCUGCCAACGAGACAAACGUCCAAGACGUUAAGGCCGUUAUGGCAAUCAAGGAACAUUAUAACGUGAAGAGAAAUUGGAUGGGUGAUCCCUGUGCUCCGAUAGAGUAUGCUUGGGAUGGCUUGGAUUGUAAUAGCAAUACGAAUUCUGACAAGCCAAGGAUCAUAUCUCUAAACCUGUCUUCCAGUGGUUUGACUGGUGAUCUAAUCCAGGAAUUUGCCGAGCUCAAAGUGAUCGAGAACUUGGAUUUAUCUUACAACAAUUUAACGGGGAGUAUACCUGACUUUUUAGCAGAAUUAUCAUCCCUCAAAGUCUUAAACUUGACAGGCAACAAAUUCAGUGGAUCAAUCCCUUCAGCUCUCCUUGAAAGAAACUCAACAGGCUCUCUUAUAUUAAGAGUUGAAGUCAUUGGUUCGACUACGUGUGACAUUGAUAAUUCAUGCAAGAUGGAGAAGAAGAAGAAGAAGAUUGCCAUCCCUAUUCUUGCAAUAGUCAUUGUGGUGCUACUGGGACUGUUGCUGGUGGUUGUAUUUAUUGUGUGUAGAAUGAGGAGAAGGCAGCAAGGCUUGGUACUGGGUACCGCUGUGAGGCCACAGAAUGAAAAUUACUUCCUACAGCAAGUGGAUCAUGAAGACUAUCCACUGCAGCUAGAGAAUCGGCGAUUCGCAUACAUGGAGCUGCAGAAAAUAACAAAUAAUUUUAACCAUAUCAUUGGCAAAGGAGGAUUUGGUAGUGUCUUCCAUGGCUACUUAGAAAAUGGAACUCAGGUUGCGGUCAAGACACGAUCGCAAUCGUCAACUCAGGGGACCAAGGAGUUUUUGGCUGAGGCCAAACUUUUGACAAGGGUUCAUCAUAAGAACCUGGUAUCUUUGGUUGGAUACUGCAAGGAUGGGAAUUAUCUGGCACUUGUCUACGAGUACAUGUCUCAAGGAAGCCUUCAUGAUCAUCUAAGAGGUAAACCUGCCUAUAUUAAGGUCUUGAGUUGGAGAGAGCGGCUUCAAAUUGCGCUUGAAUCUGCACAAGGGCUGGAGUAUCUGCACACGGGGUGCAGGCCGACCAUAGUACAUAGAGAUGUGAAGACCAGCAACAUCCUGUUGAACCAUAAUUUGGAGGCUAAAAUAGCAGAUUUUGGGCUCUCUAAGGCAUUCCAGAGUGAUGUUCACAGUCACAUAUCCACAGCAGUAGUAGGCACCCCAGGAUACCUGGAUCCCGAGUACUAUCAGACUUACCAGCUUAAUGAGAAGAGUGAUGUAUAUAGCUUUGGGGUGGUUCUCUUGGAGCUAAUCACAGGCCAGCCUCCCUUAUUGCCUGCACGAGGAGAGGGUCACAUAGUUCAAAGGGUGGGGCCAAAAGUUGCCCAAGGGAACAUUGAUGAUGUUGUGGAUGCAAGGCUGCAAGGAGCGUACGAUGUCAAUUCCGUCUGGAAGACUCUGGAUAUAGCACUCAUGUGCACAGCGCAGAGCUCUGUUCAGAGGGCGACCAUGGGUGAUGUAGUGAUGCAGCUUAAGGAAAGCUUGGCACUUCAGAUUGCUUGGAACCAGCACCAUUAUACAGAAACUGUUGACAUAAGCCUGAACAGUGUCUUUGAAAUAGCGGAUGUUGGAAAGUUAUCAGUUGUAGAGGGUCCUUCGGCAAGAUAAGAGUUAUAUUGGUACUUUCCCUUUUCGCCAUGACAUGCUGCUUGCAGAUCAUCUAUAUUCUGUACUUCCAAUAUUAGAAUGUUUUAGAUUUGGACUUGAUGUGGCUUUGAGUUUGAGUGUACUGUUUACAUGAUCUUUGGAUGCAGUAGUCUUUUCUAUGAAUGUUUCUCCAAGAAGAACGUCUCAAUAAUAAUCCAACUUUAGGGAACAAGUUAUUUUUGUCCCUUUGGUU